UUGCAAGAGUAGAAGCCAAAAGUUUUUUGAAACAGUUUCCAAACUGUUCCAAGCAUUGAUGUGUCCGCAGGCAAGGAGAUUCAGGUCAGGAAUGUGAACUGAUGUGAGAUAUAUGAGCUCGAGGUGGCUUUCGCAGGUUUGCCUCUAGCAUUUCGGAGAGUAUGCGCAGUAUGCACUUUCAGUUGCUUGAAAGUGUUGCUAUAAAAGCGCGACGCUCGGUGGCGGAAGCUUCCCACAAGUUUUGCUCAAGAGUUGCUCAAGAGAAGUCUUCAGGUGAUUUAAUUGUGGACAACCCCCAUUUAAGCCACUCCAUUGCAGGCUGGGGUGGAAGCCCAAAACUACGGCCAGCCCUGCAUGACCAUUGGCCCAAUAUGGUCCAACCGAUUGGACACAACAAGCCUUGCAAUUUAGGUGCCAAAUUGAGGACUAACUGCUUCCACACAUCGAAGUACCUGCAGGCAUCUGAAGCAAUCAGUGGUCAGUAUAUUGCUUGCAUUACAGGAAGCAGUUUCAAAGGGAAAUUGGCAGGAUUUCUCUAGAUGCUGCGUUGCUUGGGGCACGCCGGCUCAUAGCGCCCAUUCACACGUAAAAGUAGAAGCAGAACACAGAGGUUUGAAACACUUUUCAAAAUGUUCCAGGGUAAAGAAAUUCAGGUCAGGAAUGUGAACUGAUGUGAGAUAUAUGAGCUGGAGGUGGCUUUCGCAGGUACGUUUGGAUUUCCACUCAGCUUGUGUUCUUUACAGCUCAGGGAUUUGCCAAGUUGGGAGGAGGGCUAGCACCACCCCCUUCCCAACGGAUGUUACCAUAUUGCUCUACUCCGGCUGGGGAGGCCCGAAACUACGGCCAGCCCUGCAUGACUAUUGGCCCAGUAUGGUGCAACCGAUCGCAACAAGGCUUGCAAUUUAGAUGCCAAAGUGAGCUGCAUAGCCGGGUGCUGAAGGGCCGUUAUUUGUCUUGUCGAGGUUAUAAGCUUUCAUUAAGAUGUCCUGGUCGAUAUGGUAUUUUCACCAAGCCAUGUCUGGCAGAGUUUCCUUUGUCGGAGUGUCAAACUGCUCAUGGAUUGUCAGGAUCGAGUCAGGUGCAUUGAUAAGAAGUUGCAUCAGGUGUACAAUCCCUGGAUCGCCUCUUUCUGUCAUACCAUGCACUUGCAAUACAAGUCUUGCCCUGUGCCACUUGAUAUACAUCCCAAAUGAAAUAAAGAUGUAAAAUAUAUGCCGUAUUACUGUUGGCCACAUGUUUUUUCUUAUGGUACAGUCAUGCGUGUACGCAAUCAGGAAUUUUCUUCCCCGUUGCCGUACGAAUGACUGGCAGUUCAACCCAUUUGUGAUGUGUGGCAAAUGCAUUGGCGGCACCCUUUGCCUGAUAGGCUUUCACGAAAUGACAUCAAAUGUUUCGACAAAUUGAAGCGCAGAAGCCUCUUAGCCUGGCAACCCUAGGCGACACUUCUGUUUGAGCGGGUUCACUCCAAAGCUGCUAGGACGACCUUAGGACCUUAGGACAAGCCCCGAACAGCACAGAGGCUCGGCGAACUGCAGCCACGUUCGGGUGCUAACUCAGACAGUCUUGCAGCCAACACGAUGCCACACUUUGUGCCACCUGGUGUAUUCUCGGGACAACCUCAUAGAUCUUCAUUGAUUCGUCCACUUCUCACGCUUAUCACACGCAAUGAAAUCCAGAUCACUUCCCUUAUGGUGUUGAAUGCAUGGUGUCCUGGAUAUCCAUGCACAACCAGACGCAAGAGAUGUCGAAAGAAGUCCAGGCGGAGUGGAGUGUGGAGUCUCGUUCUCACCCAGAAGAAUGGCCUUCAGGCUUUCAGGUCCUUCACGUCAUUCCAGGUCAACCUGCUGAACUCAACAUGCAUCGUGAUGCACCGUGAUGCACCGCGUUCACACUCUCCUCUAAGAUGAGUUGUUUGCUUCGUCUACCAGUGCAGAGGCCGAAAAUGACGAGAACCGAGAGCCAAUGAUGCACUUUGGGCGCAGCGAAAAAA